AUGGAGGCCUUGGAAGCUGAGCCCGCUCGGGCUGAGGACGCGGAGCCAGCGGCGCCCUGGGCUCGUCUGGAGGCCCCCGUCCGCCUCCUGCUGCAGGCGCUGCAGGCCGGGCCCGACGGGGCGCGGCGUGGUCUGGGGGUGCUGCGGACACUGAGCGGCCGCGGCGGGGAGCCCUUUGCCUGGGGCGGCGUCCUCGAGGCGCUGUGCCAGGAGGAGCCCGUCGUGGAGGGCCCGGACUGUCGCCUGGAGCUGAAACCGCUGCUACUGCGAUUGCCCCCGUUAUGCCGGAGAAACCUGAUGUCCCUGCUCAUGGCUGUUUGGCCGUCGCUGCCCGAAAGCAGGCUCCUCCCUGUGCUGCAGGUUGCAAGGCAGGAUUCAAGCCCUGACCCUGACCCCUGGCUCCGGGCCCUUGGAGAAUUUCUGCGAAGGGAUCUGAGUGCUGGCGUCUCCACUGAUGGAGCGUCCCUACUGUCUAAAAGGUGCCAGAGACAGCUCCAAGGCCUCUGUAAGCGGCUGGGCCAAGGGGGCAGGAAGUUGAAGUUGCCCCCGGUUCCAGAUGCCGAAGGGGAAGGAGAGCAGGAGGAGGACAAGGACUCCCAGCAGCCUGGGAAACGCAGGAAGGAGCCAGAGGAAGAGCCUGUCAGUCCCGGGGGGGAGAGGGCCUCCAAAAGGCUCCGGUGUUUGGAAAGGGAAGAAGAGGAAGAAGAAGGUCAUGAGGCGAAGAGACCUGAACGUGAAUCUUCGGAAUCCCUGGCUGAUGGAGGAGAUGCAUCAUCCAUUACAAACCAGCCUAUCAUGGGACCUGAGCCCAGUGAGGCUGGUCAGAGUCUAAAGGAAGCUAAGGGCCUACCUGAGGGUUUGGAGUUGCCCAGAGUUAUCCAGGACCAGGUUCCCAGGCUGCAGCAGCUGCUCAAGACCCUCGGGAAGGGGUUGGAAGGACUGGAGGGCACCCCACCAGCUGAGCUGCAGCUUCUCCAGGAGUGCAGUCCUGGCCAGGUGGACCUGCUGUGUGCCCAGCUGCAGCUCCCGCAGCUCCUGGACACAGGUCUCCUCCAGCUCUGCACCUGGCUGCUGGCCCUGUCACCAGACCUCAGCCUGGGCAAUGCCACUGUGCUGACCAGGAGCCUCUUCCUUGGACGGAUUCUCUCCCUGACUUCCUCAGCCUCCCGCCUGCUCACGACUGCCCUGACCUCCUUCUGUACCAAGUAUCCCUAUGCUGUCUGCAGAGCCCUCCUUGGCCCUGUGCUCCAAGCCCCAGGAAUAGGUCCAGCUCAAACAGAGUUACUGUGUUGCCUUACAAAGGACAAGGCCCUGGCGCCAGAUGUGCAGGUUCUAAUGCUGGGACGGAUCUCAGAGCUGCCCUGGAAGGAGGAGACUUUCUUGGUGCUGCAGUCACUCCUGGAGCGGCAGGUGGAGAUGCCCCCUGAGAAGUUCAGUGUGUUGAUGGAGAAACUCUGUAAAGAGGGGCCAGUGGCCACCACAUCCAUGGCCUAUGCCAAGCUCCUGCUGACAGUGAUGACCAAGUAUCAGGCCAACAUCACCGAGCCCCAGAAGCUGGGCCUGGCCGCAGCUGUGGAGCUUAACACCACUUUCCUGAGGAAGUCCCUGCAGGCCGCCCUGCGUCAUCUGACCCCUUGA